CCAGAAAUUAUCGCCUCUGCAGAAAUGUUUCGCAUUCAAACAAAACAAUUGAUAUCUAACUUCGAUAGUGACUUCGUUAUUAAUACAGAUCAAACAGGAUGUCAAUACCAAUCAAUGUUUAAUAGGACACUGACGGAAAAAGGAAGCAAAACAGUGUUUGCAAAAGUACAAGACAUGACCAAGGUGUCACACUCAUAUACUGCACAAUAUAGCAUAACAUUAUCUGGAAAAUUACUACCACAUGUUUUUAUUUGUUUGCAAGAGCCUACAGGUGAUUUUGGGCCAAGAAUAAAGAAAAACGUAGAAGAAUAUUUAAAAAAAUACAAAAAUGUUAUUGUCACAUCAUCAAAAUCAGGAAAACUGACAACUACUCUCUAUAAAAAUUUUCUAGAGAAAUGUUUAAUGCCAUAUGUUCAAAAAAAUAAAUUUCUUUUAAUUAUUGACUCGUGGACAGGACAAGUGAAGCCAGAAUUAUAUGAUGAAAUAUUUCAGGAUGAUAAAAAAUGCCUACAUGCACAUUUAAAGUUAUACCUCCAAAAUGUACUCCGUUAGUUCAACCAUGUGAUGUCUAUUUCUAUAGACAAGUGAAAAAUUUUAUCAAACGAUUGCAAAGUACCGCUGAACUUCUAGACAAGAAUUAUGAAAUUCAUUCCCGAGAGGAUUGCAUAAAAAUUCAUUCGAUUAUUCAUCACCAAUUGUCAGCGCCAAUAUUUCGAGACAUGAUGGAAUAUGCCUGGUUCGCCAGCGGGCUUUGUGACACAAGAA